CUUGAUACACACCGAUUCUGUCGUCCCACCGGCAUCGCAUUUCACUCGCAGCAAUCGCACUCGUACCACCACCGGUUUCUCGUUCCCCGUCGGCCAUGAAGGAUCGCGGCGAAAAAAGACGGCGCUCCGAAGAAGACCCGGAAUGCUGCAGCGAAGCGGGAGCAUGCGAGUCCCAAGCGGCGGCGGCAGCAGCGGCAGCAGGGGGAUCGCCAACGGCGGCGGCCGGCAGCGCUGGCGGCCACGGAAACUCCGGAAUCACGCCCGCGGCUAGCGAGAGCCCGGGCGGUGGCAGCAGCAACAGAAACAUCAGCAACACCAACGACAACACCAACGACAACACCAACACCAACGGCAAAGGCAAAGGCAGCACCCCGAUCGACGCGGACCCCCGCCGGCAACAAGACGAAGGCCACGAGGAUUUCGAUCCGGUGCCCCUUGCCUUCGAUGCGGGAGAGGCUGCUUGCGGGUUUAUCGGAAGCAGCCGGACCCCCAACCCUUGGGCCCAGGUGCCCUUCGAUCCGGGCGAUCCCCUGCACCCGCUGCGGGUGUUUGGCGAAGACCUCGCUUUUUCGCUCGCGCCACCGACGCCGCGGAACGAGCUCCCGCCCCCCUCGGGUCCGCUGGGCCUGCUGCCGCCGCCCGGGCCCGCUUCCGGYGCCCCGGUCUGCCAGCCCUGCAAGCCGGCCGGAAGCGGGAGCCUCGGGCUCGUUCUGGGGAACCGGGCCAUCCACACCCUGGACGACGUGGCGGCCCUGACCCCGGAGGACCUCUCGGAGGACGUCCUGUGCUCGUCCGCCGGGGUCCCCCUCUCGAUCGAGGAGAUGAUGGACCUCCUCGAGCGGGCCGAGGCACGGGAGCGGGAGGACCGGUUCGACUUUCGCGUGCAGCUGCGCCAAAAAAAGAGGAAGGGGGCGGGGGCGCCGGCGGGGGCCUAGGGAGGAGGCCACGGAGAACGGGGCGGGGGGAGACACACCGGCACCGGGGGGGACGGGUCCGUUCUGCCACUCGUUGCGUCCGAGCGCCGCUUGCGACACGAAACGUUACAAUACAGAUCGACACGAUACGAUACAAAACGAGAUGCGAGAGAUCAAUACCGGAGCCGGCACGAGCAGCRCGGACCAUCGCACCAAAAGCACCUCGCGGUAUGCAAAACCAUAGACCCGGUUGCCGUUUUUUUUAAAUUUACCGUGCCGGUUGGUAUCUAGCGAUGGCACGGGUUACUGUAAUGAUUCUAAUCUUGUAGGCGUGACAGAUGGAUGCUUUCSAUAGAGUGCGUGCAACCGAUAGGUGUAAGCAAUGGCAGAAUGCCAUGUGGUACCAAAGCAAGCACGGCGUUUUUAUUUUAUUUUGCCACAAAACCAUCAACGUCGAGACCAACGUGGCUCCCGCUGCGAUAGGGUCUGACCGAUGCGGCAAUCCCUCCAAACCAGUAGCCGGUGUUUCCACGGAASUCUUUGUUCUAUCCUGCCCUGCUCUCUCCUGUCCUAGUCUCGUCCCGCC